AUGGAGCGAGACAGCGGCGGUUUACCUGCUCAGAGUCCGUUAACGGGACGGGACGAGCACACACACACCUUCCCGGUAGUUUUUUUUACCGACGUGAAGUUCAAACCUGACGGAUGGAAAGCGACACCGGACCACCUGCCUCGUGGAGGUUAACGUUACAAAGUUGUAACUAACUGCUCCGUUGGCCCGGUACCGUGAUGGCUCGGACCGGCUCCGGUGCCCUCCUCUGCCGCCGAAACAUCAAGCUGGACUCCUUUCUGAAGCGGAACACGGAACAGGCGGUGUAUGAGCGGAUCCGAGCCUACGAACCGUGCGUGGUGAUAUCGGAGACCGUCAAUAAGGUGUAUAUGCACGUGGUGCUGAGCGACGAGCGCGUGUACCUUACCGAGUACCCGCCACGCACGCUCACAGAAGCCUUGAGCUUCAGGCGCGUGAGCGACGUCGAGCUGGUCAAUGACCUCCCAGAUUUCCUCCGUGGGAAGGAACAGGAAGUCUGCCAGCACAUUCGGAUCACCUACAAGACUGACAAGCCUGCUGCGAGGGGCCGUGAUUGGCUGAGGAGAGACAGGAGGACGAAACUUCCUCCUGCAGCCCCGUCCUCUCGCAGACCCAGCCACUGCCCAACAACGACACACACCUUAGAAGGUUAUCCUGCACAGAGGAGCCCCAGUGAAAGCGGGACAGAGGUGGUUUCCAUAUUACCGCCCACGCGUUCUGCUUCCUGUCCAGACCCAGAGACUCUGGGCCUCCUGAGGGUCCCUCACCCUCCCUCCACAGCGUCCUCCCUCUACUCCCCCACCUCCAAUAGGAGGCUGAACUUCCCUGACACUGGCCAGGUCCCGAGGAGGCUCGGAUCAGUUGUGUCUCGCAUGUUGAGAAGAGAGUGUGUGAGCAGCGGAGCGGAGAGGGAGGCUGAGCUGCAUCUUUACGCCGUGUCACACACGUCCAGACUGUACCUCCAUCUCCAGAGCUCAUGGAACAGCUUCAUUAUCAGGUCCACUCUGUCGUUAGACCCGCUCUACAGAAGGAGGUGCAGUGCCUUGUGUGACUCUUCUCCUGGGAAGCGACUUCCUGCCACCAGCUGGGAGCGGACCGCUCACCUGUUCGCUCAGCUGAGCUCUGAGCUGCUGCAGGAGGGGAUCAGUGUGGAGAGGCUCUACCUGCUGCUGCAGGAGCUGAGAACUGCUGCUCACCGUAACGUCGCACUGCGCCGACUCUUCUGGAGGUCCAGUGAGCUGUGUGUGUUCCUGGUUCAGACUCUGGAGGAAUCUCUGCACGGCUGUCAGAGCCUCAGUGAAGUCUACACAGCAGAUCAGCUGCUACUGAGCACUCUGGUGGUGCAGACGCUCUCCGUCAUGUUCAGAGAGACGGAGGUCGAACCGGCCAGACUCAACCUGCUCUCUGCCAAAAAAGGUGCCCUGGCCUCCAGAAUGCUGCUUGCCUUGAUAUGUGACGCAGAGCUACAAACACAGAACCAAAGGUCUCUGGUGGACUCUGAGCUGCAGGCCUUACUAGCUGAGUAUAUGGACGCUGCCUGCUCUCUGCUCUCCGAGCUGCUGCUUUUAGGCCACGAGGCCAGCAGAUGUUCCUCUGCCGACAACUUCCUGUCUGUUGGCUGGAUCCUCCGAGCCCUGCAGCCUCAUCCUCACCUGUUGUCCUUCAUUGGGCACCAGGCCCAGCAGGUGGUGCUGGUUCUGUCCGACCUGCAGGAGUCCUUUCUCAGUCCCUCUCAGUCCGUGCUGCUCUUCCAGCGCUGUCGCCUCCUGCUGGCCUGCCUGCAGUACAACACCCAGCUGGCCCAGCACCUCCGCUCCCACUUCAGAGAGGAGUUCAGGUACUUUGUGAAGCUCUCAUGUGCGGAGGAGAAGCUGCCGUCUCACUACCCGAUCAGCCAACCGACUCUGCGGCUGGUCGAGCAGAUCUUGACUCUUAACCUGCUCAGAUGAUCGCACACGGACACACGUGUGCACUUACACCUGAAUACAGGACCGUGACAGUGUGUGCCUUUUCAAGUCCGAGUGAGUUUAUACUUUGCGUUUCAGCGCUGCCAUGAUUCCUCUGAGCGUUACAUCUGCUGCUACAGGUGGAGCUUAAGAUCCCAGCAGAGAGAACAAUGUAAAGCAGAAGUCUUCUCCACGUUUCAUCGGUGUUAGCAGUGCUACAAGCUAAAUGCUAACGUGCUGAUGUUAAGCAGGUGUAGUGAUAAACAUGUUCACCAUCUGAGUUUAGAGUAUCGGCAUUAAAAACAUCUGAUCAUUAGCAGUGAGCACAAACGUUCCUCGUAUACGUUUGUGUUCUGCCUGUGUGGAUAUUUGAACAUGUAGCUCUGAGCCGAGAGCCGUCGGGUCUAAAUAAAGUGAAGUGAAGUCUCUGAAUGUGGAAUAAAUUCCAGUUAAAUGUGAUUAUUAAACAUAAAAACAUUGGA